UGCGUAAAGUUAUCAUAAAUGCGGGCGCAGCAGCCAAAUAGCAGGGAGGAGACGUUUGCUGACGCCACGUACCCUUGUUUAACCCCCAUGCAUUUGAAUAACAUACCACGUAUAGUCAUCUAAACAUACUGUAUGUCUGAAUGAGGUUGCUGGAGCGUUUGGAUUAUCAAAGGCGAUACGUCAUUGCGAGCUGCAGCGAUUGGCUGGAUUCCGCUCCUUUUUCUCCAGAAUUUGCAACCACGACCGGUCUUCGCCUCCGGAGCAGCGACAUCCCUACAGUAGAGGCAGGUGGACUUAUUUCCCUCCAGAGAAAUGAAUGCAAUAUAGCGCCGCGUUCGCAGGGCUGGACAUUUCCAUUCGCGCUCGUCUCCUCAAUUCUUCCCUGCAAUAGAGACACUGCCCGAACCGGACUAAAUGAGUGCCCGGACCUUGGAGAGACUGGCGCUUUCCAUUCCCCACUGUGCCUUAAACGGAACCGCUCGGACCAGCAAUGGCACCUGCUUCGACCGGGUGGAUCAGUUGUUCCAGGCGUUCUCGUCCACCGUCGUGCUUUUCGUGCUCAUUGCGAUGAUCAUUGGGAUAAUAUUCGUGUCCGUCACGACCUUCCACUUUCACAAAAGCAAGAUGAAAAAGCGCAAGAUACAGAAAGCCCAGGAGGAGUACGAGCGCGACAACUGCAGUCCCAAAACGGUCAAAGGCAAGCCGGUGGUCCGGCAGUGCAUCAUGGUGAGACCCCCCACGGCAGUGCGCAAAAGUGAUCCAAACACGGAAGACCCUGGCGUGACAGAGGACCUGAGACACUCGGGACAGACCAAGGACGAUAACUUGUUGGAAUCGGUCGCUGUGUCUUGAUAACGCAGUGCCAGCCUUUGGAGGACGCUGUAAAUAACCUCUGUAUUCAUAUGAUAUUACCUACGGAAUAUAUCGAUUCUUUGUAUAAGCGGUAGAGUUGAUAAGUUUUCAUCUUUGGAAGAAAUCUACGAGAGGUCUUCGGUGUUUUUUGAGUGAGGACUGAGGAAGACUAUGAGGAAUGCUGACGGAAUUUCUAUCACAGUUGCAAGCCAAUCCUAACGGGAUCGAACAAAGAGAGUAUCGAGUAAGAUCCUAUAGGAUAAAAUUAAACGAAAAUGAAUUAAUGAGCUAAUCUAACAGGAUUUUAUUGAACAUUAAUGGGAUUGGUAUCAUAAUUAGAAGUCAAUGCCAAUGAGAUCUAACAGAAGCCUUCUAAGAAUCAAAACUGCAUUAAUCAGUUGAGUCAGUAUAAUUUUACUGAAUACCAAUUAAUGGGUUCAAAUGAAAAUAUUGAAAUAAAUAGCAAGCACGUAAAUAAUCAAUUAUCUAAUAGAAUCUUACUGAAUGUGAAUGGAAUUUCUAUCAUAAUUCCAAGCCAAUCCUAUAAUGGAAUCAAACAAAUCAAGUCUAAAUGGUUUUUAUUGAAUUUUUAUAGAAUUUCUAUCAUAAUUAAGAUUUACUGCCAAUGAAAUCAAACAGAAGCUCUCCAUGAAUCAAAUAAACUCUUGAAUUCUGGGAAAAUUACAGUUAAUCCAGUAGGAUUGUAUUGAAUGCUCACCAUUUUAUUGAAUGGUUCAAAUGAAAAUUGUACAAUUAAAAAAAAAUAAAUAAAAAUGUUAAUUCUUGGGGGGAAAUCAAUUAAUUAAUCUAAAAGGAUCUUACUGAGUAUCAGUGGAAUUUGUAUCAUAAUUCAGAUCCAGUCCUCUAUGAAUAAAAUAAGAUCAUAUAUAGAACUACAAUUUUGAGGGGGAAAAACAUCAAUCAGUCACUCCAACAAAUGUGGAUCCAAAAAAAAAAAAAAACCCUCUAAGAAUAAAACUCAGUAGGAAUUUACUAAAUUAUAAUUUGCAGCCGGUCCAAACUGGAUCAAACAUGAAUCAUCUAAAAAUAAAAGAACGUUCUGCUGGAUGAACUGAGAUGCCUGUUCUUUUUCCUCAAGCCUCUUUUAGUUAAUGUUUUUCAGAAUUUCAGUUAAUCCAGUAGGAUUUUGUUUUAUCCCAUUAGGUUUGUCUACAAAUUAUGACAGACGUGCCAAUAGCGUUCCUUUAGGACACAGGCCCAGCAUCUGUACAUGUGGAUUGUCUCAUCCACCCUUCUUUAUGUCGUUGUGCCACCAAGAGGAAUAAUUGUAAACAUGGCUGUCGCCAUAGACAAAUUAUGGACUUGCUGCCAGUACUUCAGAGUUUCUUACUCAGUGGUGAAGGAGUAGUGAAGUUCCUCAAAGUUGAAGGGACGGUUCUCUUGUAUAAAGUGUGUACAGACGCUGUCCAGUGCUGAAAUAAGGACAGAGACGACGGUCUUCUUCAUGUAGAACUUCAACACAACUCACAACGAUUUCCUUUGAUUUGGGUUUCAGAAACUCUUAGGUGUUACUCUUUUAGGCAACAUUGCUGUUUCUUUUGACAAAUAUUGAGAUUUUCCUUUAUCUCAGUGGCUUUUU